AUGAAAUGCGACUUUCCACUCAACGAAAAGGCAUGCAAGCGAUGCAAACCCAAAGGUUACCAAUGCGUCGUCGAGGCCCCGAAACCAAAGGUUUACAAGCGUGAACGCCUUCUGGCCGAAAUCCGGCAGAAAGACGCUGUCAUUGAGAGUCUCAUCAAACAGCUCUAUGACCCCUACCGUGCAACACCUCAUUCGAUUAACGAAUACCUCAAAUCUAUAUCACCCUCUGAUGCCAACGAUCCCAAUGUUCUUGUCUGGCUCGAUCGUCUCAAUUCCAGUGUACAAAUAGGUACCGGGAUCUCAUCUAACUUUCUACACGGAGGAGACGAAGAACAUCAUGAUUCGCUUUCUCAUGGCCGCCAGGAGCACGAACGGACGCAGUUUGCACUUAUGGAAUCUCCGCAUGUUCCUGACAGACCCCCGGAUUUGAUGUUUCCAAGUUGGAAGGAAAACGAACGACAGCGCAAAGAUGCUCAGCACGGCAUUGCUUGGCACAGCGAGGCCUGCGAAGGAUACUCAGAACAUGGUUCGUUUGAUCAUAGUCGUUUUGCUCACGGAAUUCUCCGUCCAGGACUUAAUCUAAGUCGUUCUAAGGAGUUUGAUUCUCCAGAUAUACUGGUACUCGGUCUUGUGACACUGGAUGACGCUGAGCAAUUGUUUGACAUCUUUUAUAAAUAUAUCAAUCCCUUCAUAUCCAUCCUCGAUCCGAUCUUGCUCACUCCGAAAUCGACUUUGACUAGAAGUCCCGUCCUUUUCGCAGUUAUCUGCGCGAUAUCGUGUCGAUACUAUGCCCCAAAAGCAAGCAUUUACCCGUUAGCCAUGCGCUUUGCCAAGCAUUCGGCUGCAAACGCCCUAAUUCACGAUGAAAUGAAAAGUAUCGAACUAUGUCAGGCAUACAUAUUGAUGAGCAUGUAUGCCGUCCCUCAGAAAAGCUGGGACAGAGAUCAGAGCUGGUUAUAUACGGGUCUAGCCAUCAGCAUUGCGACUGCUCUACACUUGGAUCGGACACCAAAAAUCGACUCAGCGAACGAGAAAGAGGAACGUGAGGCCCUCAAUCGAGUGCGUGUCUGGCAAUUAUGCUUCUACAUCGACCGAGGAACAGCGAUACAAUUUGGAAAACUUUGGAUGAUGAAGGAGGAUACGAUUAUCCGUCAUUCGGAGGAGUGGUAUAAACAAUCUCAAUAUAAUCUCGAUUACGACGUGCACAUGUGCGGGUACAACGCCCUUCUGCGCAUCGUAGCAAGGUUCCAUGAAGAGGUGUUGAAGUUAGAUCAGAGCGAACUGAUCAACUCGGAGAGGAGAAAUCUGCGGGACAUCACCAUGAGAUAUGAUGUGGAGAUAGAAGUAUUCGAGGAGGAAUGGAAGAAGAAAUUCAGGGCUGGGGGAUUCAGUCGUGGAGCUAUGCUCAGGUGCGGCAUGCUGAACUUUUUCGUAGCCUACUUCAGGCUGGUGAUGUUCUCUUUUGGUUUCCAUCAGGUGUUUCAUGCCGGUAUAGAAAAUUGGUAUGAUUAUUUCUUUAGCAAGUCCCUCGAAUGCUCUAAAUUGCUGAUCAGAUGCGUAAACGAGGAUUUGGCGCCUAGCGGAUUUCUGCGGUACGCUCCAGAUCGCAAUUUUCUGUGUGUCGCAUUCGCAGCUGUAUUCCUGUUCAAGAUCUUGCGACCAGAAUUUUCGUCUCUCCUAGGCAAGGCCGAUAAAGACGAGAGCAUUAAGCUCAUCGAGACCUUGAUUGAUCAGUUUAGCUCAUCCGGUAUAGCAGUAGAUGACCGUCAUACCCCGAAGCUGUAUGCUAGGUUCUUGGCUACGUUGUUGAGCAAGUAUCGAUACAACUGCGCCCAGGCGAUAGCUAUCGGAGCCUUACAGAACACCCUUCCAAAGGAUACAGGCAUACCUAUGUGCACAGCUGGCGAAAUGGGUGGGGAUCAUGGUACUUACCAGCGAUCUCAGACUACACAGGACCACAACCAUGAUUCUGCAGGUUACCAAUGGCCACAGUUACAGAUCCCCGGGCCGGAGGCGAGUCAUGCUGCCGGCAUCUGGCCAGUGCAGUUUGGAAGUGGCAUGGAGUUUCUUUAUUUCACGCACGAGGGUGAGAAUAUCGGGAAUGGUGGGGCAGAGAGCCUGGGGAGUAUGCCAGAAGGUGGCGUGCUUACAUCGAUACAAGGAUUGAAUAACUCUGAGUGGUUACGGGAGAUGUUGAUGCCUGGGUACGGUUUCUCUGACUAUAUAAUCGAGACGCUACCUAACUCGCUUUUGGAUAGAUUUACAUGA